AUUUUGAUGGCCGAAGCGUAUCAUGUCUUGCCUUCAACCCUUAAGUAUGCACAUUCCAAGUACAGUACUAUUCAAAACAACGAGUACAAUUAAUACCAGACUCCAAGCCUCUGUACUAAGGUUUGGCGCGUGCGCCAGAUAAGUGGUUCCCUACCAACGUUCGGUGUGGCCGAUAACAACUUCCCAAAAUUCUUUAUCAGUAUUAUUUCUCAAUCUACCCCUUCCAGCAGCUCAGAGAGUAGCAAGCACACCUUACAUCUUUCUCACAGAAUCAAGCUGAAAAUCUGUUCACAAUCCUUGUGCUCUCUCUAACAAAUUUCUCAUAAUGUCGGACGACGAAGCGGACCCAGAGCUCCUGGCGCUGCUCCGUCAACACCUCAUGGGUGCACAGCCUGACCCCAGCGUGCCUGAGACACAUGUGCUCGAUGGAGCAAAGUAUGUCACCGAUAAUUCCAUAGAUGUGGCCCUUGACAUGCGGAGCACCAAGGCGGCGGCCGCCAUGAUCUACGAGCAGAUGCAGAAGAAGAAGUACUGCACCUCGACCUGGUCCUCACAUGAGCUGCAUCCCAAGGCCAAGGAUGAAAAGACGGUGGCGUUUAUUUUUACCAUGGAUUUACUCAAUUUUUCUUUUUGGUCUGAUAGGUGCUCGGAGGAGAGGUUUGCCAUUGAAUACAAAGGCAAGAAGUGGACGGGGUAUUGGAGCUUAGUUGCCGCUAUUAAUCGUGCGCUGGAUGAAGAUAUACCAAUCACCAGUUCGGACUACUGGCAGAGUGAGUAUGAGUUGACUGAGGAAAAGAUGGCGUAUAUCUUCCGGUCUGCUACAGACGAGGAGAUGCCCAUGUUGAAGGAGCGAUUGGCGUGCCUCCGGGAGGCAGGGCAAGUGCUCUACGAGAAAUAUAAUUGCAGCUUCCUGGACUGCAUAGAAGCAGCAGACCAGUCCGCAGCGUCUCUGGUCAACAUCCUGGCCGAUGAUUUUAGUUGUUUCCGGGACGAAGUGCGGUUUGAGGGCCGAAAGACCGUCCGGAUCCUCAAGCGUGCUCAGAUCCUCGUGGCUGAUCUGUGGGCAUGCUUUGACGGCCUCGACUACGGGGAGUUUUAUGAUAUAGACAAGAUAACCAUGUUUGCUGAUUAUAGGAUUCCGCAAAUAUUGAACUUGUUAGGCUGUAUGCAGUACAGUCCGUUAUUAGAGACUACCCUGCGGAAGAAAAAGUUGAUUGAGACGGGUCAUUCGUGGGAGGUGCAAAUCAGAGGCUGCAGUAUUUGGUGUGUGGAGCUCAUCAGGAAAGAGAUUCUCAGGCAGCAUCCAGACACGGAGAUAAAUGCCAUAUUAAUAGACUUCUUCCUCUACGACACGGCGAAGGAGCAGGAGAAGAUAGAGCAAGAGAGGGAGAAGGUAGACGACGAAGGCGCUUUACCCCAUCACCGCACGCGCGCUAUUUGGUACUGAGCCAUAUUUUCGAAAUUCAUCAGUUUUAGACCAUUCAAACCAGAAGAGAAAAGUUUAUAGACCAAAUUUAAUUAUUUUGCUGGUCC